AGGGGGAGAGAGGCGAGAACCGUGACGAACACAGCAACAAGAGAAUAGGAGGAGACGCGGAGCGAAGCAGCAAGCGAACGCAACUCGGCGUGCGCCCCGUGACCCAGUUCCCAGCAGCAGCCACACAAACGGACCGCCCCUCCCGGCCUCAGCUCUCCCCAGCUCAUCCCCUCCACUCCUCGUCGGCUCGUCGCCACUCGCGCGCGGUGUGAGUGACCCUCGUCGCGAGGAUGAGAUAGGAACGAGGCCGCCCGCCCGGCUCGCUCGCUCGCAUGACGCCAUCGCCGGCGUCAACGUCAGCCUCCGACUCCGGGAUGCUCGGCCGCCGCCUCGCGCUGCUCCCGGCGGCGGCCGCCGGGGCGCGCGGGGCCGCGGCGACGCGGGCGCGGAUGAAGGUGGGGUGCGUGCUGCUCGACCACGUGGCCCCGCGCCUCGCGGUGGCCUCGGCCGCGCUGGUGGGGGCGCGGGAGGUGAUCGCGGCGGCGGCCGCCGCGGGCGCGGGGGGAAGCGGCGCGGUGCACGGCGCCGUGGCGUCGACGCUCGCGCAGGUCGCGGUCACGGCCGUGGCGAUCGCCUCGGGGGCGUGCCUGUCCACCAAGGUCGACUUCCUGUGGCCUCGCAUCGAGCAGUUGCCAGAUACUCUUAUAUUUGAAGGAGUAGAGGUGACAGGAUACCAAAUAUUUGAGGACCCAAAGGUGCAGAAAGCAAUAGUAUUUGCUAGUACAGCGCACCUUGGCCAAUUUAGGAGAACAGGAGAUCCAUAUGUUACACACUGCAUACAUACUGGGAAAAUUUUAGCCGCCUUGGUUCCAUCAACUGGAGAAAGAGCGGUCAAUACAGUUGUGGCUGGCAUUCUUCACGAUGUUGUUUGUGAUACAUCAGAGAGUUUGAAGAGCAUAGAAGAGCAGUUUGGUGAUGAUGUUGCUAGCUUGGUAUCUGGUGUAUCAAAAUUAAGCUACAUAAAUCAGCUACUGCGCAGGCAUCGACAAAAAAACACUGGUGGGAGCACUCUUACAUCCGAAGAAGCAAAUAAUCUGCGUGUUAUGUUACUGGGGAUGGUUGAUGAUCCUCGUGUGGUGCUCAUCAAGCUGGCAGACCGCUUGCACAAUAUGCGAACUAUUUAUGCUCUUCCUGUACCGAAAGCUGAAGCUGUUGCUCAAGAGACAUUGGCUGUCUGGUGUUCACUUGCUUCUCGUUUGGGAGUCUGGGCUUUGAAAGCUGAGCUGGAAGAUUUAUGUUUUGCUGUUCUUCAGCCUCAAAUCUUCAAGAAAAUACGAUCUGAACUUACUUUAAUGUGGAGUAGUACGGGCAAAUCUAAAAGUAUGAGAAGAUCAUCAAUUAGAAGCGAGUUGCUUGCCUCAAUGAAAGAUGGGCAUAUGGCAUCUAUCCAAGAUUUGUUUAGUUCGUGCAACCAAGAAAAAACAAAUAUGAAGGACCUAUUGCAGGCCGUAUUGCCAUUUGACAUCUUUUUGGAUCGGAAGAGGCGCUCGUACUUCCUUAGUAAUCUCAAUAGUAGUUCUGGAGAACCUAUACCAAAACCUAAGAUUGUUGACGAUGCUGCUGUUGCAUUAGCAUCUUUAGCGUCUUGUGAGGAAGAACUUGAGCGAGAAUUACUCAUAUCAACAUCGUAUAUACCUGGGAUGGAAGUGACUUUGUCGAGUAGACUCAAGAGUUUAUACAGUAUCUACUGCAAGAUGAAAAGGAAAGAUGUAGGAAUUAGACACGUGUAUGAUGCUCGAGCAUUGAGGGUGAUUGUUGGGGACAAAAAUGGUGCAUUGCAUGGACCUGCUGUCCGGAGUUGUUACAGCAUUCUUGAUAUAGUACACAGGCUAUGGACUCCAAUUGAUGGGGAAUUCGAUGACUACAUUAUCAAUCCUAAGGGUAGUGGUUACCAGUCACUCCAUACAGUCGUUCAGGCAUCUGAUAGCUCACGGCUGGAGGUCCAAAUUAGAACCCAGCGAAUGCAUGAGUACGCAGAACAUGGACUUGCUGCUCAUUGGCUUUAUAAGGAGAGCAAAGUUGAGUACAGAGGUGGCAUGAGUAAGAGAAUAAGCCAAAGUACAUCAUAUUCAUCUAGUUCCUCAGAAGAUGAAAGUUCUAUACCAGAUGAUCUUCCAUCAAAGUACAGUUCUUUGAAAGUGGGGCAUCCAGUGCUAAGAAUUGAAGGUAGUCAUUUGCUAGCAGCUGUCAUAGUCAGUAUAGAUAAAGGAGGGAAAGAAUUGAUUGUUGCUGUAAGUUUUAGCCUUGAAGCUUCUGAAGCUGUAGCUGAGCUAAGGUCAUCUUAUCAGUUGAAGCAUUGGGAAGCCUAUGCUAGGCUCCAUAAGAAGGUUUCUGAGAAGUGGUGGUGUGCACCUGGACAUGGUGAUUGGUCAACAAAUCUGGAGAGGUACACAUUAUGCCAGGAUGGCAUAUUUCAUAAGCAAGACCAAUUUGGGAGACUUUUGCCUACAUUUAUUCAAAUAAUUGAUUUGACGGAAGAGGAAGAGGAAGAGUAUUGGAUGGUCGUAUCUGCCAUAUUUGAGGGCAAAGAGACUUCCAGUCUACCAUCUGAAUCGAGUUAUGCUGAUAAAUCGUCAUCUGAUCCUCCGAGUUCUACUCCAUCAAGUGACCCCAUCCACAAUAAGGUGCAUUUGCUCAGGACCAUGCUUCAAUGGGAGGAGCAAGUUCGUCGUGGCACAUCUUUGGCAGAGAAAAGUCUUGGUGUAAGCACCUGCACAAAACCAAUCCUGCAUGAGGUGGCCAUAAUCUUCUGGCCGAACGGGAAGAUUAUGAGGAUGAGCACUGGUAGCACAGCCGCUGAUGCUGCUAGAAGAAUGGGCGUUGAAGGGAAGCUACUUUGGGUCAAUGGCCAACUAGUGCUGCCCCAAACAGAGCUCAAGGAUGGGGAUAUAGUUGAAGUGAGGGUAUAGAUGCAAUGCAAGUACCAGUUUCCGUUACACCUUUCUCAGGAUUAUUGAUCAGAUAUUCAGAUCAGAUUGGUUCCUCAGUUCUUGCAAGAGUCUGGCAGCGCACUAGACUGGUAGAGUUGUAGACAGAGAACCAAACCCCGAUUGUACAGUCCAUGUGUCGAAAUGAAUCGAAAGGAUGCAGGAUUUAGGUGUUGCAAGUGUUGUAGCGUACAAGAGUUUACUGUGUACAUAAGCUACUGCAAGUAUAAGCAAUCUGUCUAACUGUGCUUAACCCACAGCUACUGCGGUAGUGUAAAUUCCUGUAAGUAAAAGCUGUCGUAUUGUGUAGUCAGUAAUGCACGUCUGCAAUGUGUUUGUACGUAACGGCGUGUAGAUAUGAAGUAUCACUACUUGCUACUGGAUUUCCCAUAUUAUAAGUUGUUCUGUCCGUAUUA